AUGGCUACUCCCUCAGCCAAACCUGGCACAACGCCAACCCAUCUCUCCUCACCUCACCCAACCUCAGCUCCCCUCUCUCGCUCAAUCGCCCAUAAAUCGCCUUCGAUGAGGACACCAACGGCCUCAGGAACUGCACAUGCGCAACAUCCUAGCGUUUCCUCCCAUCAAUAUGCUACACCCCUUGCCGUAACAAGUGGGGUCGACGACCCUGUCAAUUUCAGCUCGCCUUCAGCUCUUUUAGCGCUGGGUGGAUACACUGGAAUCAGUCCGUCUCCUGCAGUGCAUGAUGGCUUAGGGUCUGGAAUGAACGAUAGUGACAUUCAAAACCUUGGCAUGCAGGGUAUCAAGCUUGGUGUAGCACGAGACAAUGACGAAGAACAAAGGCAUCGCAUCGAGGGAGUCGUUCAACUUUUACGUGCGCGUGUUGCUGGAAGAGGUGUCUCUCGGGAGAGCGUUGAACGAUUAAGUCGACUCGAAGGAUUCGAAUCAAUCUGGGAAGACGAUAGCCUCAACAUCGCUGGUAACUUUGUCGAUCUCGAAAUCGAUUUCCACGCUGGACAUGAUGUCGUCAAAGAUGUCAGUCUACGAUAUGCUACGCCGGAAUACACAGAAGGCGUGCGGCGAGAGGAAGCCACUGCGGUCCUGAAACGUACCCUCGCUCAGGUCCCGGAGGAUGCUGUUAGUGGAAACUGGAGAUCACUUCAACGGUUCCAUGAAAAUUUACAAUGGCUUGCAAAACUUGAUAAGCUUAGCCAAGAGGUCAAUUGUUUUGAGGCACUGGAAAAUCUCGAAGAGAACUUUAAGCGCAUCUGGGUUGAAGAAGGGAAGAAUGGGAAGCAUGGCGGUGAUUAUCAACAUCUUUGCGCAGGUGUGAUUGGCCGUCCCAGCAUGCAUAAGGGAACUCGAAUUGGCCUCGGCUUGGAAUAUUGGGUUGAACAGGCUAAGGUCUUGGAUGCCAAGCAGCAACGGACCUCUCCAGAUGCUAUGGAGAUUGAUCGACAAGGUUCAGAUAAUGGUGAUGAACUGGAUGAUCAACCAAGAGCAUGGGCCGUCAUGAUUGAAUGUGAAGAGGGAUAUCCAUCAUUACGCAUUUCAAAGGAGUGGGUCGGCGCAGAAGCCUUGACUGCAGGCGAAAGCAGUGAGUCGUUACCUUCGAAUGGUGCUGCAGGAUCUGUGAAUUGGCUUGAUCCUCCACAGACUAUGCGCUUGACGCAUGGCAACCAUGAUCCCAUGGCCCUGGAUUCCAGCAUGCUCGAGUCGUCACCACCCAAUCGCCGAUUCGUUGCUAAGCUGGAGCCUGGGCUCGAUGUUCCAAUUCUUGCGGCCUCCGAGAUCUACCGCCAUCUCGGCAUGCAACUACCACAAGAAUUUAAGAUCGUUACUUAUGACAUGUUGCUGGUAUCAGAAGGGUCGGCUUUGUCGUCCCCAGACUCGUCCCCCCAAAUUGGCCGUAGGAAGCGUCGGACUUCAGUGUCCGCUGUUGACUCCAAGGGCGAGCUAUGUACGAAGCACCAUAACUACACAUUCCAGGCUUUCGAGUCUGUUGCAGGUCGAACCAUCCGUGAUCUGCCGUUCUCUCAUCCCCGGCAGCUUGCAGACAUUCUUCCGAUUCUCCGGCAGUAUGCUUUGCUAGCCAACUUGAUUCGGAAGACAUUCCACCUCCCUGCCAACGAAACCGACAACACAGCCCAGCCUCCCAAGGCAAACUCCAACCUCUCUCCACCUGACAACCUCGACGAGCUCUUUGCUGGCCAGGAUGGACUCGUUGUUUUGAACAACGACGAUCCAAAUGAAAACCGCUUGAACCUUCUUCUGGGAAUGAAUAGCAACGGGCAAACUGAUUCCGGCAUUUUGACACCUUCCAACAAAGAAAGGAGUCCAGCACAACUCCCCAUGAACGACGUCAAAGUGGACGUCACAUUGCGCACUCAGCUCGGCCAAGCGCCUGCCCUCAUGCUGCUCGUCACAGACCCUAGUCACCAACGAGAGGGCACUGAGUCCACAACACCUAAGCAGAUUGCAAUCUGUUUUGAGGUCGGGCUUAAUGGUCACAUUUCAGUCGUGGAGACCGCUGGUUUAUCGAAGAAUGAGAACGGCGCCGAUACUGAAAUGCAGGGGGCAGAUAGCUCUGAUUCUGGGGUGCUGGAUGUGCAUAAAAAGAUUUCUAGGGUGCUGGAGGUCUCUCAGGACUUGGGCAUUCUAGUUGAGUGGGUCUUGCGUUGGUUGCAACAGCGGACUGGCAGUGGGUGA